GCUAUAAAUAGUGACACCCUUUCUCUCAUUUCAUAAAAUCAUACUAACAGAGUUCAAUUCAAUUCCGAACAAAAUUUAAAGUACUCUAGGAAUCGUCUGAUUAAAGCUCUAGCAAUGGCUAUAUCGAAGCUUUUGAUUGUUUUUCUUGUCACAUCUCUCCUUGUGCUCCGCCUUGUUGAAGCUGAUCAGAAGGUGGUGAACUCAAAUAUUCAAGCUGCAAGCUAUACUCCUGGGAAGAAUAUCGAUUGUGGUGGCGCUUGCAAUGCUAGGUGUUCCUUAUCCUCGAGGCCACGUCUUUGCAAGAGGGCUUGCGGGACUUGCUGUGCACGGUGCAAUUGUGUCCCCCCAGGCACUUCCGGCAACCAUGACGCCUGCCCUUGCUAUGCCACCAUGACUACCCGAGGUGGCCGACUCAAGUGUCCUUGAAAUCAGCCUUUCCCUGCUGAUUAAAAGUUAUGCAACAAGAAUAAUCAUAUCGGAGUUUGAAGAAUAGAUAUUAAGCUGUACUUUCCUUUCCUUUUUGUUUUUGUUUGUAAUAUAUAUUCUGGAGUUAUUUGUGAUAAAUCGUAAUUGCAAAUGUAGAAUUUUAUUUGGAAGGUUCUGUUUUCUUUUCUUU